AUGGCCUUCCACGGAUCCUCUUCCUCUUCUGUUUCUCGGUUGGCUUACGAAGUAUUCUUAAGUUUUAGAGGGGAAGAUACUCGCAAAUCUUUUACCGCCCAUCUAUAUGCAGCUUUGUGUCGGAAUGGAAUUUACACCUUCAUGGACGAUAAGCUUAGAAGCGGAGAGGAAAUUUCACCAGCACUUGUCAAAGCCAUUGAAGACUCACAAAUUUCAAUCAUUGUACUCUCUAAAAACUAUGCAUCAUCCCGAUGGUGCUUGGACGAGCUAACGAAAAUUCUCGAUUGUAGAAAAAUAAAGGGGCAACAAGUUUUACCAGUGUUCUACGACGUAAAUCCGUCGGAAGUACGAAAUCAAACCAAUAGCAUUGGAGAAGCGUUCGCUAAACUUGAAAAAAGGUUUAAUGAUGAUAAAAUGAAUGUGGAGAGGUGGAAGACAUCCCUAACAGAAGCUGCCAAUUUGUCUGGGAUGCAUUUGGGGAACAGGAAUGAACCCGAAUUUAUUCACGAAAUCAUUGAAAUGGUGAAUUCUAUAUUAAUCAAAAAGACAUACUUCCAAGUUUCUCAAUAUCCAAUUGGAAUAGAGUCUCGUGUACAAGAUGUGAAAUCGCUUUUAGAUAUAGAGAAGAAUGAGAGUACAUGGAUGGUAGGGAUUUUUGGAAUUAGUGGAAUUGGGAAGACAACUCUCGCCAAAGCGAUCUACAACUCAAUUGCUUCUCAGUUUGAAAAGGCUUCACCUAAUAAGGAUACUUCUCGUUCCUGA